AUGGGCCAGAGCCAUGAUGACGUCAACGAGGAGCCCUAUUCGAUCACGAUUGAAUCUGCCAAGGCACUCAGGAACGCCGACACGUUCGGGAAGAGCGAUCCAUACGUCAAGGGAUUCUUACAGUCUGGCCGGCACAAGGAGCCUGACAAGCAUCCAUACGGUUUCAAGACAAAGGUCAUCAACGAUGACCUCGACCCUGUGUGGAAUGAGACGAAAACAUUGUUCUGGAAGGGUGACUGGAAGCUGGUGCUGCAAGUGUUCGACAAGGACCUGGUAGGCAAGGACGACAUGCUCGGGGAGGCUAUCUUGUUCAAGGACAAGUGCAACGAGGGAUUAUACACUGACCUCGAUCUUGGUGACGGAAACGGUCACCUCAGAGUGAAGGUCGUCCCCACCCGUGAUGACAAGAAGUUUUCCGACCCUCCCUUCAUCCAGCCGGAGCCGAAGCCGGUAUACGAAGCAUGGAUUUACAAGGCCGAGAAUCUGAAAGUAGCCAACCAUUUCAACAAUCUGAGCGACCCGUACGUGCUGAUCAGAACCGGUGAUAAGGUGCGCUGCCAGACGAACGUCAUCUGGGGCACCCUGAACCCGGAGUGGAACUACGGUCCACACGAUCUGGAGUUGGGCAGCUUCGCCGAGGUGGUUUUUGAGGUGCGGGACAAGGACAUGGUGGGCAGCAAGAGCAUCGGGAAGGCCUCCCUCACCAGGGCCGCUUGCAAGCGGGGCUUCCAGGGGUACCUGGACCUCGCGCCCAAGGGUGCGGGGAAGCUUUUCCUGGCCGUGAAGCCCAAGAAGCCCGAGAAGCCCGCGGCGCAGCAGUGA